UUCAAAAUGGCGACUUUUUCCAAAAAAGUUGCAAAAAUUUGCAAAAAGGGAAUUUGGAUUGGUUUAGACACUUUAUUGCUGCUGUUGGCUUGUGGUGUUGCAGGGAUUCUGCACUUUGUCAUCAGACCACGAAAGAGUGGCUUCUUCUGUGAUGACACAAAUAUCAAGUAUCCCAACAGAGAUGAUACUGUUUCCAAUGAAGUCCUCUUGGUGGUUGGAUUUGUCAUUCCAGUUACUUUUUUUUACGUUGUGGAACUUGCGUCAGAAUCUCACAAGUCCAGCAAGAACUAUAUCUGUGUGAGCUUGGUGGAAGUCUGUCGUGUUACAGGAAUUUAUGCAUUUGGAGCCAUGCUAACCAUUAUUACAACUUUCAUUGGGAAGCUCUCACUUGGACAACUACGGCCUAAUUUCUUCGAUGUUUGUCGGCCCAACAUAAGUCAUAUUGUGUGCGAAAGAGGGCAUAAUUUUGUGACAAACUACACAUGUACAAGUGGCUACUCGGAAAAUGCAAUCGAUGACGUGUUCAAAGCAUUUCCAUCAGGCCAUUCUGCUUUCUCUUCCUACUCCAUGGUGUUUCUUGCACUAUAUCUCCAAGUACGCCUCUUCGUCAAGUUCUCCAUCCUCUUCAAGCCACUCCUGCAAAUCAUGGCUUUGGGCCUGGCAUAUUACUUCUCCUUGAGCAGGAUAUCAGACUAUAAACAUCACUGGUCAGACUGUCUCGCUGGAAGUCUGUUAGGAAUAGCUGUUGCGUUUUACACCGCUUAUCGUAUUGCUGGUUUAUUUGAGAGAAAAGAGAUCCCAACCAACUCGACGAUUGUGAGUCAUGCAGAACUUGAGGAACAGGAGCAGUUAUUCCAGGAGGAAGCUGAGGACAGGUUAUGAGGUCAUCAGAAUUACGGACUUAUGGGGUAAGAUGUUGGAGAAAAUACUCAUAGAGAUCUCUUUACUUAUGAUUUAUGAAUAUGUGUUCCUGGUAUGGUCUAUUGUGUGUUUGUAGAAAAGAGGCAAUAGGACUGCUGGGUAUAUAUUUGUACAUGCAAAAACCUGGACUCACCAUCUGAAUUAUUCACCUUCAUUAUUCUCCUACUUUACCUAAAUAUUCAGAAUAUCUAGGCAUAGUGUAAGUGAAAAAAUCCCUGUUAUCGACUAAAUUCUUUUUCGACGUGUCCUUUAACUCUUUCACUACCAGAGUGCAAGAAUGUUUUUGGCAGUGAAAGAGUUGAAUAGUAAGCCAGGAAGACAGUGAUUUACACAUUUGGAACAAGCUUCAGAAGUUAGGAUUGAAUGCUCUGUUGCCGACAGCUACAUCAUAAUGUAUUGUUAUAUCAAUGUCUGAUUUGUGCAUUUUUCACUCCAAGUAUUGACAUGUUUCGGAGACCAGUAUCAGAAUCUAUUUAUGUAUACGUUUGCAGUCAGAUGAUGAUUGAAGAUGAGAUGUAACCUCGCAAUAUUCUUCUUUGUGAUUUUGUUUUCAAGUAUUAUUAAUUGUAUACCUUAAGACUUAGUGUGCAUUUAUUGUGCUCGUGCAAGACUCGGGUAUAUUGUGUAUAAAUUUGAUUGUGUUUGCCCUCAGUUUGUCAACUUCUUUUUGGGCUGGUCUGCUGAAAUAACCAUGAAAUUUGUCAAGAUCAGAGUUAAUAUCAGUAGCAGAUAUUUACUCGGCCAGCAGUGUGAUACAUGUAUGUAAAAAUGCAGACCAACUCGCUUUAGCUUAUUGUUAGUAUUAUGGUAAGGCGCAGUGAUAUGAUUCAGUUCCUUGUCCUGGUGUCAUAAAACUUGCACUUCAUCAGUGAUAACUUAAUUUUUUUAUCAGGUAGUAAUAACUAAGUAAUAAACUUAUGAAGUUGAAAUGAACGCUAUCCAGGAGCUUUACCACAUGAAGUGGCAUGAAAGUUUUAUGAUUCCUGGCCAGUGUUUUCUUUCAUCCCAUACUCGUACGUUUAAAAUGUGACCAUUAUUGCUCUUAACCCAUGAGCAUUUGUGUAUUCUGUUGGUGCUUCUACUUAUAAAUUAGCCAUGACUGUAUUAUUAAGGAUACCAUAUUUAUAUUGAUUAUUGUUUUCAUCUGUUACAUGUGAUAGUAGAACUGCUACUGCUGUUUAUAUAUUAGUAUUACUGGAAAUGUAAUGCCUCCCCUGUUCAUCCGUCUUCUACAGAUUUGAGAAGAGGACCGAAAUUGAACUGCCUCACAAAAUCGAUCCAUGAUUUUCAUGAAGAUUAUUUUCCACUAUAAUGAGUAUUAUGAAAACAGAGUAAUGUCUCAGUGAAGCUUCAUUUCUCUUCAUGGGACAUUACUGUCGUAGAUAAUGUCUGACUUGUUGUUUAUUUUUCUAAACAUGAUUUUGACAAUCAUAUAUAAAAUCAUCAUUGGUGUUUGUUUUGUCAUAUGUGAAACUGUUCAGUAUAUUUAUUUUUCUAUCAUCAAAAUUUUCAUUCAAAAAAUAAAUGUUUUGAAAAAACAA